AUGGAUGAUCAUAAAGAGCUCCUUUUGAUUAUUACAGGUAUUGAUGAUGGCCAUGGAGAGAAUGUUGAUACACAGUACGUCAAUGUUGGAGACAGGGUUUCCAUAGAGUGUAUUGUUACAGGAACACCUCUGCCAACUAUCACAUGGUCAAGAAAUGACGGACCACUUCCAGCAGACGCCAUUCUUGGUGACGGUAUUUUGAUCAUUCCUCAGGCUAGAGUGGAAGAUGCUGGUACCUAUACCUGUCGGGCUGUAAAUGAGGUUGGUUCCAUCACCUCUAAAGUUAUUUUCUAUGUAAAAGAUAUCUGUGAGAGUAAUCAGUUUGAUUGUGGCGAUGGAAAUUGUGUAUUCAAUGCUGUAGUCUGUGAUGGAUAUCAUGAUUGUGACAAUGGAACAGAUGAGGUGGAUUGUUGUGUUGGUAGGUUUCAGUGUUUAGACGGAAGCUGUGUUGAUGGUGAUAAAUUAUGUGAUGGUUUACCAGACUGUAGUGAAGAAGAGGAUGAAAGCAAUUGUAGUUGCUAUGAUGACUUCCAAUGUGGUAACGGAACAUGUAUUGAAAUGUCUAUGGUCUGUGACGUUACUGUAGAUUGUAUUGAAGAUGAAGAUGAUGAAUCAAACUGUACGUGUAUGCCAUACCAGCUCCAAUGUGAUGAUGGUUCCUGUGUAAAUGAUACAUAUAGAUGUGAUCAUAUUGAGGACUGUACAUCAGGUGAAGAUGAAGCAGACUGCACAUGUUUCACGGAUUCAUUUAUUUGUGAUGAUGGGCAGUGUAUUGAGCCAUCUGCAGCGUGUGAUGGUAUCACAGAUUGUUCCAAUGGUGAUGAUGAAGAGGGCUGUGGGGGAAAGAUUACUGUAUGUAAUGAGACUAGUGAGUUCCGCUGUGACAGCAAGGAUGCUUGUGUUCCGUUGACAUGGAGAUGUGAUGGUACUGCUGAUUGUGUUGACGGUUCUGAUGAAUGUGGUUGUGUUGAAUCAGAGUAUCACUGUAGUGAUGGAAUGUGUAUAGACAUGACAAGAAAGUGUGAUGGUGUACCAGACUGUGAAUUUGAAGAUGAUGAGAAAGAAUGCAAUGACAGUAAGCUUAACUUGACCCUAUAGGGGUUUUAUAUGCCCGU